AUGGAGAACCUCAACUUGCAGUUCUGCGAGCCGGGGCAGGUGUACCACAUGGAGCUGGUGUCGACGGAUGCCAAGGAGCGCUUGGCGGCCCUCUCCGAGACGCCGCCCCUGGCAGUGAUUUGCAUCAAGUCCAAGGAGCAGUUGCGGUGGUAUGUGCCCAUCACGGCACAAGCGGAGCCCAACCAGGACCUUAUGGCCCAGAACCGAUGCCAUGAGUUCCGCUACAUGUUCCGUGAGGCCGUUCAGAAGCUGCGCCAUGUGCAGACCAUGGGAUAUCGUCCCUGCAUCAUCUGGCU